AUGGAUGAAAGUGACAAGAAAAUGGUGAAUGAAAUCACAGUAACCCCGUCCUCAAAAAUCAUAGAUAGAAAGUUAAUCGGUAGUAGGAAUUAUGCUCAAUGGAAGAGAAUUGUUCACAAAUAUGUGUCGAGUGUGGAUUUGGGCGAUCACUUGACCGAUGACCCACAUCCACAAUCUGAUACUAAUCCUGGAAUUCGAAAAAAAUGGCUAAUGGAAGAUAAUAAACUCUUUAAUCAGAUUCAGAAUACCCUUGACCCGACAGUUGACGAUGCAUUUGAAGAAAAGCGAGCCAUGUUUCCUAUUACUAGUGAUGUGAAGACAAUGCGUGAACAAGAAGAACAAAUUGUGGUCCAGUGUUUUCUUGUAGGUUUGGGUCCUGAAUAUGAGGCGGCUCGUACACAGUUACUUACCAGUGAAAUACUACCUUCGUUGAGUGAUAUAUAUGCUCUCUCCUUCGGGUUUGCAAGGACAAUGACAAGGAGCAGGGUGUAG